AUGCUCAAGGCAGAAGAAGCCGAUCGCAAUCAGAUUUUCAGCUGGUGCGCCAACAAUGAGAUACGGUGGAAAUUUAUACCACCGCGCGCACCGCACUUCGGAGGACUGUGGGAAGCCGCAGUUAAAUCUGCCAAAUCCCACCUACUAAAGGAAAUGGGCAACACUACUAUCGCGUACGAGGACAUGUUGACCUUACUUGCACAGGUCGAAAUGUGCCUAAAUUCACGUCCAUUAACACCACUACCAUCCGAUGCUUCUGAUCUAGAAGCUUUGACUCCGGGGCACUUCCUAGUCGGGUCGAGUCUUCAAGCUGUUCCUGAACCAUCCGUGAAGGACGUCGCUGGGAAUCAUCUCAACCAUUGGGAACAAACACAACGGCACCUACAACGAAUCUGGGCCCGAUGGUAUCCGGAAUAUUUACAACAGCUCCAGUCCAGAGCAGCGAAGGGUUGCAAUCCGCCGGUAUCUAUCGAACCAGACAAAAUCGUGGUCAUCAAAGAGGACAAUCUGCCACCUACACAGUGGCCCCUUGGAAAAAUCGUCGCCGUUCAUCCUGGAGCUGACGGAAUCGUCAGAGUCGUCACACUGAAAACAGCGUCCGCAGAGAACGUCGUGAGACCCGUGGCGAAAUUGGCGCUCCUACCGAUGCCAAGUGAUGCUGUUCAACGAGCUCCUGUAACACAAAACCAUAAAGGCAGUACUACACAUGCUCGAUGCGAAGUUGGAUACCGUACAGGUAAUUGCAUUUCCAAUAAAUUAAUUCACCCCGUAUGA